UGCUGACGUUGUACACACGGAGAUGAAGAACGGCGCCAAAUGUAAUCUGUGAGCAAGUACAAUUAACUCACUUUAUACAGUUGUUAGUGUAUGUCACUGUAUAUCUUCCUGCAUGUGUAAAGGGAAAACAUUCAGAUCUGUUUGAAGCCAUCAGUUAUGUCGCUGGCAGAGUUACAGCCAGUGGAAACAUCUUGUGUUGAAUCUACACAGGGGGAAUCCACUCUCUGCCAGGUGAUAAGUUCAGGUGGGGAAGGUGACCAGGUAGUCGUAUCCCAGUUCUCUGCUAACCCAGAUGGGAGUAAUGUCUUGUACUUGAAUGUACCAACCUCAGGUGACCUGUCAUCGCCUGCAGUGCAGCAUGUGUUUGAUCCCACUAGUCUUGGCAAUGUGUCCGCCAGGUCGUUAUUAUACAAUACAGAGACAGUCUCUAAAGACACAGACGGCCAUGUAACUGUGGAAAAGCAGUUGGAUGAGAUAAAUACAGUACGUUUGGAGAAAGAAAACCUUCCUGAGGCCAAAGGUCUUCAUGCUCCCUCUGGACCAGGGGUGACAGUGGCACAAAAUGGACAGGUGGCAUACCUGGUGAUGAACAAUGAAGGCGGCACAGGUUCCCUGCAGUUACCUGGAGGUUUACAAAUCAUGAACUUAGCGCCUGGUCAGUUCACUGGUCUUGGACAAACACCUGGCGUGACCGCCCCAAUGCCUUUGGAGUCUGCAGAUGGGGAAGAACCACUGUAUGUGAAUGCAAAACAGUACCACAGGAUUCUUAAGAGGAGAGAGGCACGGGCUAAACUUGAAGCUCUUGGUAAAAUACCUAAAGAAAGACCUAAAUACCUGUAUGAGUCCAGACAUAAGCAUGCCUUGAACAGGAAAAGAGGAGCUGGAGGAAUAUUCACCAAAAAGAAACCAGGGCAAGAUAAGCAAGACGCAAGGAUUAAGGAAGAGAAAAGUACUGGAUCUCACAGUUCAGACCUGCAAACUUCAAGUGCAAGUUCAUAUUUACGGAAUUUGAUAACAAAUAGCAUCAACUAGGAGGGCAAUAAGGUGCUUUAACAAUGUUGUCAGCUGUAUAAAGAAAUAUGUACACUUGCAAGGAUCAGCCCAGUGGUUUAUUUCAUGUUAAUUCAUCAAGACUCCUGAAAAUAAUAUACCUGCAAUUACUGUGUGAACUCUCUAUCAGGUAACUUAUAGGCUUUAUUUGUUGUUCACUAUUGCAUACAGUUUAAUUAUUUCAGAAAAGUUACAAGAUUAUUUAUUCACUUUAGCCUAAGUGAAUUGUCUUCAGUAUUUUGGGAAAAUUGUAUAUGCAUGGGUCCAGGUAUUGCAUUUUUACGCAUUUGUAUAAUAAAGCUGCCAUGGCAUCGACUCUUUUUGGGAAUUUUUACAGUGUGUAUGUAUACUGUAUAUUUGGAGUGAAAUUAAAAUAACUUGACAGGCAUGGCAACUUGAAAUCUGUCUGUGUCCCAGCUCUGGCAUUUUUUUGCUGGGUUUCUUUUGUCUGGUCUUCUUCCAAAACAUUCCAAAUGUGUUAUAAAUAAAUUUCAGUUGCAGUUGGUUAUUUACUGAUUUAUUACAAAGAUUUCACAGAAAUCAUGUAUGAAUAAAACUUUUUAUACAAGAUGAAAUUAAACCACCACCCGUUUUGUAACACAGCAAGAUGUUGUAAAUAAUGUAGUUCAUUUGGAGUUGAAAUGAAAAUGGAACUGUCCAAUCCUUUACCCAGUCCAUCAGUCUUCCCCUUGAAAAAGCUUCCACAUGAAUGCCAUGGAUGCUGAAUUAUAACUUGCAUUUGUGUCUGCUUUUCCCACUAGCAUUUUUCUCAGCUCAUGGACAGAUAUAUGAACCUGGAUAUGGUUUAAAUGAGUUGAAACUUGAACCUAUCUAAUUGUGAGGUAUUGAUGGGAUUACCAGUUAGUAGAAGUGCAGGUAAUCUGAGGUAAAUAUCUGUUAUAAUAAAAUUUUACACAUAAUAAAAAUAAUUGUAAAUAAAAGUAUGUGCACAGUUUACUACCAUAAGCAAUAUGGAAAAAAGGGGAUUUUUAAGAGUAUGCUUUCUCAGUUUACUUUUUCUGCCUUUACUGCUUUUUGUUCUUUCCUAUUUUGUUAAGGUGUUUGCACUUUGUAUGUAAUGACAACUUCUGGUAAUAUUGUACUUUGUACUAUAUAAGGUAAUACACUAUGGUGAACAGCUAUAGUGCUAUUCAGUACACGUAACAUAAAGUUGACAGUAUACUGGACUGUAAUGUGAAAAAUAUUAAUCAUGUUAUUGUAACUACACCAUUGUUUCAAUAAAAAAAAUGAAAAAGAGCGUAAUCACUCCUAAUUGCCUGCACAGUUGUUGUAUCUUAAGACGAACUGUUAGCAGUGGCUCCAGUUUUUGUGUUUAGAAUCCUAAAAUUUCAGGCACUCAGAAAUCUGAGGAUAUAAGGAUUAUCAGGUUUAUUGAACUUGAAAGGUAUCUCAUUGUAUCUCUGAAGAUUGUAUGUCUAACAUAAGGUUUCAUUAGCUCAUGUAUAAUGAAUAAAAGCUCUUGGAUAAUAAAGGCCUUGUCCACAACCAGUUGAUCUGCAGAUUAACUAUAUUUCAAAUAUUUCUUCGAUAAACUUGGGUGCGCAGGAAGUCAUGCCAUUGUGUGUAUGGUGUGUUACAGUUAAAGUUGGAAAGAUCUCUGCUUUUUACAGAUAUAUUCCCUGUAAAUAUAAUACUUGUCACCUACAAAUUGGUCUCUCAGCCUGGAGGUCACUAGAGUUGCUCCUGUCC